AUGAGCUACCAAAUGCAGGAUUGGUCCGAGAAGCCCUCGGAGCGUUCGCGAUGGUCGCCCCUAACGCGCAUGCUUCUGUCCGGUGAGAUGACCCAGGAGAAGCAACAGGAACUAUCGUCAAGAGAAAAGUUUGAUCGCUGGAUGAUCAACGAAGGUUAUCGACGAUUCUUCGUCUUCGUCUUUAUGCUUCUACACGCCCUCAUCUUCUCCUUCGCCUGCGUCCAUUACUCUCAGAAAGAAAGUCUCGAAUCCUCGCGUCGAGACUUUGGCUUCACUUUCGUCAUUGCACGUUCUGCCGCGCUGGUUCUUCACGUCGACGUCGGCAUCAUCCUCUUCCCCGUCUGCCGAACCCUCAUCUCGCUGCUGCGCCAGACGCCGCUCAACGGAAUUCUCCAGUUCGACAAGAACAUCACCUUCCACAUCGUCACCGCCUGGUCCAUUGUCUUCUGGUCCUGGGUCCACACCAUUGCCCAUUGGAACAACUUUGCGCAGGUCGCUAUCAAGUACAAGCUGGGCAUCUACGGCUGGCUGGUAGCCAACUUUGUGUCUGGGCCAGGAUGGACGGGCUAUAUCAUGCUCAUUGCGCUGAUGGGCAUGGUUCUCACCUCCAUGGAGAAGCCGCGACGAGCGAACUUUGAGCGAUUCUGGUACACCCACCACAUGUUCAUCGUGUUCUUCUUCUUCUGGUCUAUUCAUGGAGCUUUCUGCAUGAUCCAGCCAGACGUCGCUCCCUUCUGCACCAGCAUUGGAGCCUCGGCCAUUGGAGUCUUCUGGCAGUACUGGAUGUACAGCGGCUUCAUCUACCUGGCUGAGCGUAUUGCUCGUGAGGUGCGCGGCCGCCACAGGACAUACAUCACAAAGGUUAUUCAGCACCCCAGCAACGUUUGCGAGAUCCAGAUGAAGAAGGAGCACACAAAGACACGAGCUGGCCAGUAUAUCUUCCUCUGCUGCCCUGCUGUAUCACUGUGGCAGUACCAUCCCUUCACCUUGACCAGCGCCCCAGAAGAGGACUACAUCUCGAUUCACAUGCGUUGUGUUGGUGAUUUUACCAGGGAGCUUGCAAAGAACUUGGGCUGCGACUGGGCUAGGAAGAAGGAUGGCGAUGCCAGCAAGGUCGUUGGUCUGACCGGCAAGGACGCCGAGAUCGACCCAGCUAUCACGCGUGUUCUCCCCAGAGUCUACGUUGAUGGUCCUUUUGGCUCUGCCUCUGAAGAUGUCUUCAAAUACGAAGUCUCCGUUCUUGUCGGUGCCGGUAUCGGUGUAACACCGUUCGCCUCCAUCCUCAAGUCCAUCUGGUACCGCAUGAACUACCCGCAGAAGAAAACACGACUGUCCAAGGUCUAUUUCUUCUGGAUUUGCCGUGACUUUGAAUCCUUCGAGUGGUUCCGCUCGCUACUUCUCGCCGUCGAGGCACAGGACCUGGACCACCGCAUUGAGAUUCACACGUACUUGACCGCCAAGAUCAAGGCCGACGAUGCGACAAACAUCAUGAUCAACGACGCCAACGCCGACAAGGAUACCAUUACUGGUCUGCGCAGCCCAACCAACUUUGGUAGACCUAACUGGGACAUGAUCUUUAGGGGCAUCAGGAAGCUGCACAGUCCUGCGGAGGCGGGUGUGUUCUUCUGUGGACCUAAGGGGUUGGGAAGUUCACUGCAUACGUACUGUAAUAAGUACACCGAGCCUGGAUUUUCUUUUGUUUGGGGUAAGGAGAACUUCUAG